UGGGUCCUUAAUUACUCAAAUCCCACGGUUCUUACUUUCUUUUUUAGUGUGUCUUGGACAAAAAAAUGGCUGCUACUCAUGGGAGAAUAGUCUUGUUCAUGUUUCUUGCAACAUUUAUAUGGUUUAAUGUCCAAAAUACAUUAGUGCGUUGUGCUUUAACACCAGAAUUGCAAAAGAAACUUGCUAGAAUCAACAAAGAGGGUCCUUAUUUAGGUUUAGUCAUACCAAAUUCUUUUGAACUUAAACCUCUUCUUCAAAAUCCAGGCUAUACUCCUACUAAUACCGUCAUAGAUUUUGCAGGAAAGAGAUUUCGUUUUGGAUCCAUUAGCAACAAAUCUGUUAUAUUGGUCAUGACUGGAUUGAGUGUGAUAAAUGCAGCUAUAACAACACAGCUUCUGCUAAGCAUUUUUAAUAUAGAUGGAGUUGUUCAUUAUGGUAUUGCUGGAAAUGCAAACCCUUCAUUGCAUAUUGGAGAUGUUACUGUUCCUCAUUAUUGGGCUCAUUUGGGACUUUGGAGCUGGCAGAGAUUUGGACAAGGAGCUAAUGAUACGUUACCCUUAGAAAACAAUGGAGACUACACAAGAGAUGUAGGAUUCAUCAAAUUUUCAGAUUUCACCUCAAAUAUAAGUGCUGCUGAUAGUGUUACAGUUGAUAACCAUCUCAACAGUCUUUGGUAUCAGCCUGAAGAGAUUUUUCCAGUUGAUGGCAUUCCUGAACAAAGACAACAUGCUCUUUGGGUUCCUGUUAAUGCCAAGUAUUACCGUAUUGCCAAAAAGCUUGAGAAAAUGAAGCUAGAGGCCUGCAUAGAUUCCUACACAUGCUUUACAACAACACCAAAGGUUGUGCUUGUGGAGAGAGGAACAAGUGCAGGAUUCUACCUAGACAAUGCAGCAUACAGAACCUUCAUCUUCAAUAAGUUUAACAUUAGUCCAGUCGACAUGGAAAGUGCAUCAGUUGCUCUUAUAUGCUUGCAGCAAAGGAUUCCUUUCAUUGCUAUUAGGGCUCUCUCUGAUUUGGCCGGCGGUGGCACCGCGGAGUCGAAUGAGGCCGAUACCUUCUCGCCACUCGCCGCCACUAACUCUGUCGCCGUGGUCAUUGAGUUUGUGAAGGAAUUGUCACGCGACUCUAAGUUGUGAUCUAUUUUGUAAUUUUCUCAAUAAUCUGUAAGAAGUGCAUCGAUGCAUAUGUAGACAACAACAUUGUUCUUGACGUGAAUUUGUAAACGUGUUUUAAAGUUGCUAAGUGAAAGAAACAACUUAGGGAAUUUGUAGCUAAAAGUGAUAAUAUUUGCUACAUACACUCAUUAAUCACUUGGAGCUAUUUUUCAAUCUUUGUCUCUCAAGAAUUGUCGACCUAUUUUCUUUC